AUGCUGCCAUCUGAUCUCCUAGUUCAAGGGGCUUUUGCUACGGUGGUAUUAUGGGACUUGAUAAUGGUGAGGGUCAGUGUCUUGAAUGAUGCUCUCAAGAGCAUGUACAAUGCUGAGAAGAGGGGGAAGCGCCAGGUCAUGAUUAGGCCAUCUUCAAAAGUUAUUAUAAAAUUCCUCUUGGUGAUGCAAAAGCAUGGAUACAUUGGAGAGUUUGAGUACGUUGAUGAUCACAGAGCUGGAAAAAUUGUCGUUGAAUUGAAUGGUAGACUGAACAAAUGUGGGGUUAUUAGUCCCCGUUUUGAUGUGGGUGUCAAAGAGAUUGAAGGUUGGACUGCUAGGUUGCUCCCCUCAAGACAGUUUGGGUAUAUUGUGUUGACUACCUCUGCUGGCAUCAUGGAUCACGAAGAAGCUAGGAGAAAGAAUGUUGGUGGGAAAGUUCUGGGUUUCUUUUACUAG